AUGUCUCUCCGAUUUUCCAGCGGGUCCAGGCCUGUUUGCUUACGGCCUGGAACUGGCUCUGUCAGGCCAUCCAGCGGCGGCGCGGGCAGCCCCCUGGUGGGAAAUGGACUGUCCUGCGCCUUGGUCGGGGGCUUGGGCGGCGCUGCUGGUGGGAACCACACGGGCGGUGCCCUUGGGAAUGCAGGCUGCGCUGGCUUUGCUGGCAGCGAGGGCGGCCUCCUGUCCGGCAACGAGAAAGUGACCAUGCAGAACCUCAAUGACCGCCUGGCCUCCUACCUGGACAACGUGCGCGCCCUGGAGGAGGCCAACGCCGAGCUGGAGAGAAAAAUCAAGGGCUGGUAUGAGAAAUUCGGACCUGGAUCUUGCCGUGGACUUGAUCACGACUACAGCAGAUACCACCUAUCCAUUGAAGAUCUGAAGAGUAAGAUCAUCUCUUCUACCACUGCUAAUGCUAAUGUCAUUCUACAGAUUGAUAAUGCCAGAUUGGCCGCUGAUGAUUUCCGGCUAAAGUAUGAGAACGAGCUGGCCCUCCACCAGAACACAGAGGCAGACAUCAACGGGCUGAGGCGGGUCCUGGAUGAGCUGACCCUCUGCAGGACCGACCAAGAGCUGCAGUACGAGUCCCUGAGUGAGGAGAUGACAUAUCUCAAGAAGAACCACGAGGAGGAGAUGAAGGCGCUGCAGUGCGCAGCGGGCGGCAACGUGAACGUGGAAAUGAACGCGGCGCCCGGUGUGGACCUCACGGUGCUGCUCAACAACAUGCGGGCCGAGUACGAAGACCUGGCAGAGCAGAACCGCAGGGACGCCGAGGCCUGGUUCAACGAGAAGAGCGCCUCGCUGCAGCAGCAGAUCUCCGACGACGCUGGCGCAGCCACCUCGGCCCGCAACGAGCUGACCGAACUGAAGCGCGCCAUGCAGACCCUGGAGAUCGAGCUGCAGUCCCUGCUUGCCAUGAAACACUCCCUGGAGUGCUCCCUGACCGAGACCGAAGGCAACUACUGUGCUCAGAUUGCCCAGAUCCAGGCCCAGAUCACGGCCCUGGAGGAGCAGCUGCACCAGGUCAGAACUGAGACCGAGGGCCAGAAGCUAGAGUAUGAGCAGCUGCUGGACAUCAAGGUCCACCUGGAAAAGGAAAUCGAGACCUACUGCCGCCUGAUAGAUGGAGAUGGAAACUCAUGCUCCAAGGGCUUUGGGUCAGGAGGCUCAGGAAAUUCAUCUAAAGAAUUAUCCAAAACCACACUGGUAAAGACAGUGGUUGAAGAAAUAGAUCAACGUGGCAAAGUUCUUUCCUCAAGGGUUCACUCCAUUGAAGAGAAGACAUCGAAAAUGACCAACGGCAAGGCAGAACAGAGGGUUCCUUUCUAG